UAUCAUUUACAACAAACCACCAUAUUUAAAACUCGCACUGUUUGUUUGCCGACAAUCCUUUGUCUAGUUUUGUCGUGAAUUAGGGUGAAAAUUAACAAAAUUAAGGCAGAAGGUACUUAAAGAGUUACAGUAUGGCGCAGUAAAAGAGUUCUGUUUUGCUCAGAAUUGAUAGAAAGACAUCAUUUUGUCAAGAUGGAUAAGAGUGAGAAAGAUGACCCUGGAAGCCCAACAAGGAAUAAUUUGUUUGAAAAUGCAGCGGCUAAUCUUCUGGGUGUGUCUCCUUUUGGACUUCCAUAUGCUGCCCAUCUUGCCCACAUUCCUGGUGCAUUUCUGAUGGGACAUCCAGCAUUUCCAGUCACUUCAUUAUUUGAUGGCUUAAUGGGACAUUAUCCAUCAUCUUUGGUGACUUCUUCAGCAUCUGCAUACCACAGUUUGUAUAGUUCAGCAUCAAUGCGAUCACCUCAACAAAAAUCAUCUCCUAAAACAGUGUCACAAAAAAAUACCAUCACCAAGGCUACAACUACCAUAGCAACUACUACAACAUCAAGUUGUUCAAACAGUAUCAGUAAGAAAACAGUCACAACGCCAGUGGUAGCUGGAACAACAGGAGUCAGCCUCUUGUCAGGGAAAGUUAAGAAAUCACCUGGAAGACCUCCGAAAACUGACUCAUCAACAAAGACCAAUGGAUCAAGUGUGUUAUCAUCACACUCUUCUUCUAGAACCUCAACAGUAUCACAACCUGUCAAAUCUGUGCUUAAUUUAUCAACACAUAAGCAGAAAGAGAAUGGUGUACUAGAAAAUGACUGUCAGUCUGACAUCAGUUCUUGUAGUUCUUAUCUAAGUGAUGAUGGUUCUAAUGCCAAAGGAGAGGAAAAAUCAAAAAAUGCAGGCUCAACAAUUCAUAUUGAUGGCCUGAAGAAGAAACUGAUUGCUGACCAGAUUCGUCAGAGAGUCCAAAGUAAACCUACUCAAAGUACAACGCCAUCUAUACUUCAGCCUAUGAAGCGAGGCAGAGGGAGACCACCAAAGUCGGCUUCAAAAGAGGGAAUUGCAUUAGAAGAAAUUCAGGAAUAUAAAAAACAACAGGAAGAACUAAAGAAGCAGUUUGAGGCUAAUCUUAAAGAACAACAGAUUCAGCUCAAAAUGUUUAAAAAAGCUCAAGAACUGAAGGACAUGGAAACUUCAGCUAAAAUUAAUCAGUUGUUAGAAGCUCACGCUAAUCUUGGUAAACCAUUACCAAGUGAACAGGCUGAAAGCCAGUCAUCUUCUGGUACAUUUAAGCCAAAAUCAAAAAGCUUACAGGCUUCUAUUGAUAAAUUAAAAGCAGCAUCCAAGUUACCUUCUUCAGACAAUAAUAGUGCAUCUCAAACUGUCAAACCUAGGUUGUCCUCGCCUACUGGUAGACUAACAAUGACAUCACCUUCUCAUAAACAACAGACUAUAUCUUCUCAAAAAACUAAAUCAGGAUCUCAAUCUCACAAUCACAUAUCAAAACUAGAAUCAUCAACAAGAAAACGUGUAGAUUCACCUACCAAUCUGUCCCUAAAUAUUGGAUCACCAAGUCACAAACAUGGUGAUCCAGCUGUAUCUCCUCCAGUGCCAUCACCAACUGAAAGAUCAAAGUUAUUUGCAGAAACAUUGUUUAAUAAAAUUCGGACAGAGGUUGAACAAGAUAACAAAAGUGAUGAAAAUGUGUUCACAAGAAUAAGGACUGAAUCAGAGCAAAAUACAACAUGCGACGAGGAUGAUUCCAGCGAUAGUGAAGGAUCUCAGGCUGCUGAAUAUGAUUCAGAAGACAGAAAUGAAGAGAGUGACACAUCAAAUCUAGCAAUGAAAAGGAGUGCUGAUGAAAUGUCGGAAGAUUAUGAUGGAUCAUCUUCAACUAGUAAAAGACCAAGAGUUCAGACAGAUGAAAGAGAAUUAAAGGUACCUUUAGAAAGAGGGUGGAAACGAUCAACCACAAUACUUGCCAUUGGAAAAAGAGGGUUUAUAGGAGAAGUUCUUUACUUUGCUCCUUGUGGCAAAAAAAUGAAAACAAUUCCAGAUGUAAUGAGAUAUAUUGAUAAACAUGUGAUCACCAACCUUGGGAGGGAAAAUUUUUCAUUCUGUACUAGAGUAAAUGUUGGUGACUUCUAUGAACAGAGAGGAGAAGAAAAUGAGAUAGUUAAAUUAACACAGGGAGAAAUUGUUCAGAGAAUGACUUUGAUUGAAAGUAAAAGACAGAAACUCAGAAAACUAAAAGAACAAAGAGGAAAGAAGAAAUCAGAAAAACAGAAUAAACAAAUUUUGUUAGCUAAACAAAUGAUGGAACAAAAAUUUAAAAAGAAAGUUGAACAACAGGAUAUGGCAAGGAAAGCGGCAGAGUAUAAGCUUCAGAAGACAUCAGAAAAACAGCGUCUGAAGGAUAUGGCUCAUAGAAUCAAGCAUGUGAAAGCUUUAGAAAAAAGGAAACAACAGGAACAGCUUAGAUUGUUGAAAGAACAAGAAAAACUUCAGAGACAUGAACAAAUGAGAAUGGAGCGUGAAUUGAGAGCUCAACAAAUAUUAGAGACAAAUUUACUGUGGUAUCAUAUGGAGAGAGAUAGAGAAAUGAAAAGGCAGCAGGCUUUAUUGAUGAAAGAACAAGUUAAUACGGAUAGAGAAAGAAGACGUCAGCAUAUACUGUUGGUGAAAGCAUUAGAGGCACAAAAGAAGCAGGCGGAGAAAGAUAGAAUAAAGGAAUCAAGAAUGGCUGAGAAGAAGAUUUCAAGAGAAAGAAAAAUGGAGCAAAGGCGACAGGAGCUACAAUUACUUAGAGAACUAAGGAGACCAGUUGAUGACAUGCAGCUAAAAGAAGCCAGGGUAUUACCAGAGUAUCCAAGGAUAAAAGGAAUAGAAUUGGAUGGGAAUGCAUUUGCUGAUAUCCUGAUGGUUUUAGAAUUUUUGCAUAAUUUUUCAGAUGCUCUUGGUUUUGUAGAAAGUGAUACCUUGCCAACUUUGAGGACACUUCAGGAGGCUGUUAUUGGAAGAAAUGAGGAAGAUAUGGAAGAUUAUAUAGCUCUGACUUCACAUCUUACUCGAUAUGCUGUAAUGGAUCCUGGUGUUCCAAAUCCAAAGGAGGCAGUUACGAAGCUAGGACAGAAGAUCAUAGAUGUUGAUAUAAGUGAUGGUGUUGUAUCGGAGGUUCUUUGCAUCUUUAUCACUGCAAGGAAUGGUAAACCAAAUGAGAUGAGUGAUUGGUUACAAGAAAAACCAUUAGAAUCACUUCAUCAAAACCAAAGAGCAUCAAUCUUGGCCUUCCUUUGUAAUGAGUUGUUAUGUGGAAAGUCUAUUUCAUGUGAAAUAGAGAAGAAUUUAGACCACAUGGGUGAUAUUCGAAGAGACAAAUGGGUAAUAGAAGGACAACUUCGAAGGUUAAGAGUAAAACAAGGUAAAAAGUUCCGGUCUCCUACUAAGCCAGUUAGAGAAGAUGAUAGCUCAGUCCACACAAAGGAUGGUGACGACAGUAUUCUAACUUGUCAAGAUGGUGAUGAGAGUACGUGUUUAAGUGUUAGUAAAAGAGGAAGUGAUGAAGAAGAGGAAAAAGAUGAUGAAAGUGGAAAUGAAUAUGAUGAAAAUCAGUCUGUAAAAGAUAAUGAAGGGGAAAUGGAGGAAGAUGAGAAUCUUAGUUUAGAAGAAUGUGAGAAAAAGAUUGAGAAGUUACAAAAGCAACAUGCUCAACAUAGAGCAAAAGUGUUCAAAGCAUCUCAUAGAGUUCGUGCAAUAACAUUAGGACAAGAUAGAUACAAGCGACGAUACUGGGUGCUUCCGAAAGCAGGAGGAGUUUAUGUCGAAGGAUUAGAAUCCGGUAAUUUUGAAGAAAAAAUAAUGAUAAAGGAUUGUGAAAUUAAAUCAGAAUCAACCAGCAUGACAGUGGAACAAACAAAAGAAAACUUUAAAGAUAUUAAGGAAGAAAAUGAAUCAUCUUCUUCGAAGAAAUUGAAAAGCUCAGAAAAUUCAAAUUUAGGAUCUUUAGAAGUAUCUGAUAAUGUGAAUAUUAAAUUGGAAAGUAGUGAUUUCUCAGGAAAAAAAGACAAUGAUGCUGAAAAGACAAUGUCAGAUGCAGAAAUGAAAUCUUGCAAUGGCGAAAUUUCUACUUCAGCGGAAAAUAGUGCAAUAAGUUUACAAACAGAAUCAAAAAAUAUUUUCUUACAAAGUCCUACUUCAAAUAAAUUGAGUGAUUUGUGCAAUUUAUCUACAGUAAAGUCAGAGCGGAGUGAGGACUCUAAUCUUACCAUACCACAUGCUCAUUCAUCACCCUUGAUCACUCCAUACUCACCAUCGCCAUUCAAUAUGUUCUUUAACUCAUUUUCAAAUCAAACAACUGAAUCAAAUUCUAGUCCACUGCCAGCCCACCAACAUCCAAAAUCAUCAACACCUUCCACUGACUCAAAGUCAAGCUUUCUCAGUAUUGACACUCUACUUAAGAAGGAAAAUGAACCAGUAAAAACGUCAUCCGCAUCAUCCAUAUUCAGUACAUUUCCAUUAGCCCAAGAUCAAAUAACAAUGACAUCAAAUGACGAUCAGAAGCCAUGGUUCAGUAUAUUACCAAGAAUGCCUUGUGAAGAUUUAUCAGUGGCUCAGGUCACAUCACAAUUGGGAAUGCAUGGUCCUUAUAAUUCGCUUCCGUUUUUCUCACCAUUAACUGUUAGUGCCUUUCCCAUUCAAAGUCCAACUUUUUCAUCAUUCCAAAUAGGACAGUUAACAAAUUCAAAUCAGGAUGAGGGUGAAAUAAAACAGAAUAUGAAAAUCUCAGAGACAAAUAAUUCUUUCAAAAUUCCUAGUACACCAAAGAUGGAACCAAAUACAUCAAGCUUUUAUGAUCCAGGAGAAAUUAAUACUUAUGAUGAACCUCAACCCAUUGAAAAAGAAAUGACAGAAGGCUGGUGGAGAGUUGUAGAUCAGAAUCAAGUGAGAGAGUUGAUGAGAUGCUGUCAUCCUAGGGGAAUUCGGGAGAAGAAUCUUCAAAAAACAUUACAGAAAUUUCAAGAAUAUGCUUGUGAAUCAUGUAGCAAAGGGGAUAAACAUGUUGUAUCCCUUGAAGCGUCUGACUCCUCUGAUUCUGAUGAGGAAAAUAAGCAAACUAAUGAAGACAAAAAGGAAGACGAUAAUGAGGAUGAGAAACAAGGGAAAAAGAAGAAGAAAAAGAGAAAAGAAUCUGAGGAAUCUGUUAUAGAUCAUGCUCACCAAGUUGAACUGACUGUGCUGGAUGCAGUGGAAAAUCUGGAGGAAAGGGUGGCAUCUGCUAGUCUACAGGUUAAAGGAUGGAAAGUUCCACAAAGAAUCUCAGAUGAAUCUGAUAUUAAGUUGGUAGAUAGAUUCCAUGUAAAUCUCAAAGAGAAUGAAAAAUAUCCUCUAGAUGUUGCCAGAGAAAAACUUAUCAACCUAGAGCCAAACAUAGAACGACGAUAUCUUAAACCUCCAUUGUGUAAAAAUCAACAGAUAAAUUUGGCCAACAUAUCUGCAUCUAGUUUCAAUGAUGGGCAUGAUUCUAGUCAUUGUGAUGAAAAUGGAGAUGAAGAUAAUUAUCAUGAGGAACAACCUAGUACUCCAGCUCCUGUACCAUCUGGUCUUUUAACUUGGAGAAAUGCUGUUGCUUUAUCUAAAUCUCCUGCUCAGUUGACUUUAUGUGUUUAUCAGCUUAAUAAUGCAAUAUCAUGGGAAAAGUCCAUUAUGAAAGUGUUAUGUCAGAUUUGCCGUAAAGAUGAUAAUGAAGCAGAAUUGUUGUUAUGUGAUGGCUGUGAUAAAGGUUACCAUACAUACUGUUUUAAGCCGAAGAUGGAAAACAUACCAGAAGGUGAUUGGUACUGCUAUGCUUGUAUAUCUAAGGCCACAGGUGAACCUUGUUGUAUAGUAUGUGGAAGAAAGCAUGGGAAGAUAAUUGAAUGUGAUCAUUGUCCAAGAGCAAUACAUAUAGACUGUUUAGAUCCACCAUUACCUCGGAUGCCACGGAAAUAUGCUUGCCCUUCUUGUAUUGCAAAUCAGGGAAUGAAAAAGAAACAGAAAAGAAGUCCAAAGAAACGUAGAGAAAGCUUUGUCCGCAGAGAACGAAAAGAUUCUGAAACUUCAACGAAAACUGUUGAAAUACCAGUUGAAAAGAAACGUGGUAAAAAUGUUGAAAAAAUAAGGACAGCAGAGCAAUCGGAGAAUAUGACAGCAUGCAGAUUGGUAUUAACAGAAAUGGAGAAACAUGAAGAUGGAUGGCCAUUCCUAAAACCAGUCAAUUUUAAGCAAUUUCCAACAUACAAAAAAUAUAUAAAAAAUCCAAUGGAUUUUACUACAAUGAAAAACAAACUCAGGGAUAGCUUGUAUAAAACUAGAGGUGAAUUUGCAUCCGAUACCAGACUUGUGUUCAAUAACUGUAUGAUUUUUAACGAAGAUGAAUCAGAUGUCGGAAAAGCUGGUCACACAAUGAGGAAAUUUUUUGAACAAAGAUGGAAAGAUCUGUUGUUAUCAUCUGAUUCUACAGAGCAACCCUCUGUAGGGGAAGAUGAAAAUUCAUAGUAAUAACAAAUAAUGCUAGGCACAUUCUUUAUUAUGUAAAUAGGUUAUUUAAUGUUCCAUGCUAGUGUUCAAUUUAUUUUGUCAAAUGAUUGUAUUUAUUGUAUGAUGGGUAUCUGGACACUGCCUUUUAUUUUAUAAGAAUAUAUAUAUAUAUAUAUAUAUGAACAUGCCUACCUGUGUUGUGAUAAGUGUUUAAUUAAAACUGUUGUCAUUCUUUACAAAAGGGAUGUGCCAGUACAUACACUGCCUGUAGCUUAAAAAGUUUAUUUGUAAACAAGAGGAUAUUAAAAAGUUAUGAAGAAUAUCUUUGAAUUAGAAGUUAAAUCUCAUUUAUUUAUAAAAUUCAUACGUCUGCUGCUGGAUCCUUAACUGUCAUUUGUCAAAAUGUUGAAGAACAAGAGUAAUUUUUAUAUUUACUAGAAAUUUUUACGGUUUUAUGUUAUUUUUUAAAUAUCCAAUUUAUGGCAGAUCUCAAGACUUCUUUGCCAAAGUAUAUACUGAUCCAACAUGACCUCCAGUAUUGGCCACCUCGCACUAAGGCAAGUUUAAUCAACAUUGGAUGAUUAAUACAUGUAUUACAGUAUCAAUCCAUUGACAGGCACUUUUUAAUGUAUUAUUGUCUGUAAUAUGUGACAUUCUUUAUAAAAGAAGAUCCAUUUUCUUAAUAAAACAAUUAGAAAUUUGUCCUGUAUCACAUUUUAUAGUUUGCAUGCUAGUUUAAUUUAAACAAUUACUCCUGAAAAUUAUUUACUACAUAAGAUAUAAAUUGUUGUGCAUUUAGUAAACAGUAAGCAAUACUGGUCAGAAUCACUAAUUAAAUGGCUGUCUUUUGAUAAAUAUGUUAUUUGGAAAUUAUAAAUUAUACACAAGUUAAAAAAAGGUCUGAGUGAAAGAGGUGCACAUCACACUAAAUCAUGAUAAAAUUAGAAUUUAACAUUUUUAACACUUAGAUGGAUGGAUCAUAUUAUCCUUUUACUUUGCCAAUCAAGACAUUUUUACUUUCAGAGAUUUUUUUCUGAUAGUAUCUACCAAUUCUUUAACCUUGCCUCCUCUUUUCUAAAGAACAUUAAGAUCUAAUGGUAUGUUCUUAAUAUUGCUAAGUGUAGAAUAUUAAAGAUGUAUUAUUUAAAAAAAAUUGUGGCAUUUGUGCAUAUUUCUUUUGUUGAUUUAGGAAAUAAAGAGAAAUACUUUAAA